GACGAAGGAGGAGCCGCCGCCAUUUCGCGAGGUCUGGGCGGAGGGGCUGUGGUGUCGCCCCCGCCCGGCCCCACCAUGGCGUCCUCCGUGGGGAACGUGGCCGACAGCACAGAACCAACGAAACGUAUGCUUUCCUUCCAAGGGUUAGCUGAGUUGGCACACCGGGAAUAUCAGGCGGGAGAUUUUGAGGCGGCCGAGAGGCACUGCAUGCAGCUGUGGCGGCAGGAGCCGGACAACACCGGCGUGCUGCUGUUGCUCUCGUCCAUCCACUUCCAGUGUCGCAGGCUGGACAGGUCGGCCCAUUUCAGCACCCUGGCCAUCAAGCAGAACCCGCUCCUGGCGGAAGCGUACUCCAACCUGGGCAACGUCUACAAGGAGCGCGGGCAGCUGCAGGAAGCCAUCGAGCACUACCGCCACGCGCUCCGCCUCAAGCCCGACUUCAUCGACGGCUACAUCAACCUGGCAGCCGCCUUGGUGGCGGCGGGCGACAUGGAAGGCGCCGUGCAGGCCUACGUCUCCGCCCUCCAGUACAAUCCCGACUUGUACUGUGUACGCAGCGACCUGGGCAACCUGCUCAAAGCCCUGGGCCGGCUGGAGGAGGCCAAGGCGUGUUACCUGAAAGCCAUCGAGACCCAGCCGAACUUUGCCGUCGCCUGGAGCAAUCUCGGCUGCGUCUUCAACGCCCAAGGGGAGAUCUGGCUGGCCAUCCAUCACUUUGAAAAGGCUGUGACCCUUGAUCCUAAUUUCCUGGAUGCCUAUAUUAACCUGGGCAACGUCCUGAAAGAGGCCCGAAUCUUUGACAGAGCCGUGGCGGCCUACCUGCGGGCCCUGAGCCUCAGCCCAAACCACGCCGUGGUCCACGGCAACCUGGCCUGCGUCUACUACGAGCAGGGCCUCAUCGACUUGGCCAUCGACACUUACCGGCGAGCCAUCGAGCUGCAGCCCCACUUCCCGGACGCCUACUGCAACCUCGCCAACGCCCUCAAGGAGAAAGGCAGCGUGGCGGAAGCGGAGGAGUGCUACAACACGGCCCUGCGGCUGUGCCCCACGCACGCCGACUCCCUCAACAACCUCGCCAACAUCAAGCGGGAGCAGGGCAACAUCGAGGAGGCCGUGCGCCUCUACCGCAAGGCGCUGGAGGUGUUCCCCGAGUUCGCCGCCGCCCACUCCAACCUGGCCAGCGUCCUGCAGCAGCAGGGCAAGCUGCAGGAAGCCCUGAUGCACUACAAGGAGGCCAUCCGCAUCAGCCCCACGUUCGCGGACGCCUACUCCAACAUGGGGAACACGUUGAAGGAGAUGCAGGACGUGCAGGGGGCCCUGCAGUGCUACACGCGCGCCAUCCAGAUCAACCCGGCCUUCGCCGACGCUCACAGCAACCUGGCCUCCAUCCACAAGGACUCGGGUAACAUCCCGGAAGCCAUCGCCUCGUACCGCACCGCCCUGAAACUGAAACCCGACUUCCCCGACGCUUAUUGCAACCUGGCGCACUGCCUGCAGAUCGUCUGCGACUGGACGGACUACGACGAGCGGAUGAAGAAGCUGGUGAGCAUCGUGGCGGACCAGCUGGAGAAAAACCGCCUGCCCUCCGUCCACCCCCAUCACAGCAUGCUCUACCCGCUCUCCCACGGCUUCCGCAAGGCCAUCGCCGAGCGCCACGGCAACCUCUGCCUGGACAAGAUCAACGUCCUCCACAAGCCGCCCUACGAGCACCCGAAGGACCUGAAGGUCAGCGAAGGCCGGCUGCGGGUGGGCUACGUGAGCUCCGACUUCGGCAACCACCCGACGUCCCACCUGAUGCAGUCAAUCCCCGGCAUGCACAACUCGGACAAGUUCGAGGUUUUCUGCUACGCCCUCAGCCCGGACGACGGCACCAACUUCCGUGUGAAGGUGAUGGCGGAGGCCAACCACUUCGUGGACCUUUCCCAGAUCCCGUGUAACGGCAAGGCGGCCGACCGCAUCCACCAGGACGGCAUCCACAUCCUCGUCAACAUGAACGGCUACACCAAGGGCGCCCGCAACGAGCUGUUCGCCCUCAGGCCGGCCCCCAUCCAGGCGAUGUGGCUGGGCUACCCGGGGACCAGCGGGGCGCUCUUCAUGGACUACAUCAUCACAGACCAGGAGACCUCGCCCGCCGAGGUAGCGGAACAGUACUCGGAGAAGCUGGCCUAUAUGCCCAGCACCUUCUUCAUCGGGGACCACGCCAACAUGUUUCCUCACCUGAAGAAAAAGGCCGUCAUCGACUUCAAAUCGAACGGGCACAUCUACGACAACCGCAUCGUCCUGAACGGCAUCGACCUGAAGGCGUUUCUGGACAGCCUGCCGGACGUCAAGAUCGUCAAGAUGAAGUGCCCGGACGGCGGGGACAACGGCGACGGCGGGCCGGCCCUCAGCAUGCCCGUCAUCCCCAUGAACACCAUCGCCGAAGCCGUCAUCGAGAUGAUCAACCGGGGCCAGAUCCAGAUCACCAUCAAUGGCUUCAGCAUCAGCAACGGCCUGGCCACCACCCAGAUCAACAACAAGGCGGCCACCGGCGAGGAGGUCCCCCGCACCGUCAUCGUCACCACGCGCUCUCAGUACGGCCUGCCGGAGGACGCCAUCGUCUACUGCAACUUCAACCAGCUGUACAAGAUCGACCCGUCCACCCUGCAGAUGUGGGCCAACAUCCUGAAGCGCGUCCCGAACAGCGUGCUGUGGCUGCUCCGCUUCCCGGCGGUGGGCGAGCCCAACAUCCAGCAGUACGCCCAGAACAUGGGCCUGCCCCAGUCCCGCAUCGUCUUCUCGCCCGUCGCCCCCAAGGAGGAGCACGUGCGCCGCGGCCAGCUGGCCGACGUCUGCCUCGACACCCCGCUCUGCAACGGCCACACCACCGGCAUGGACGUCCUCUGGGCCGGGACCCCCAUGGUCACCAUGCCAGGGGAGACCCUGGCAUCCCGGGUGGCCGCCUCCCAGCUGACCUGCCUGGGCUGCCUGGAGCUCAUCGCCAAGAGCCGGCAGGAAUACGAGGACAUCGCCGUCAAACUGGGCACCGACCUGGACUACCUGAAGCUGAUCCGGAGCAAAGUGUGGAAGCAGCGGCUGUCCAGCCCCCUGUUCAACACGAAGCAGUACACGGCCGAGCUGGAGCGCCUGUACCUGCAGAUGUGGGAGCACUACGCCUCCGGCAACAAGCCGGACCACAUGAUCAAAGCCCCCGAGCCCACCGAGUCUGCCUGAGGACGCCCCCGGACCCCCCCAGCC